AGAUUUGUUGUUAGAGAAUAAUGGAAAAUAACUGUCUUGGAAUUAAGUGGUAUUAAAUUUGCUCCACGGUGGGCUACACUGAGCCAUUUCAUUUAUGUGUUUGUGCAUUCUCUUUGCAGACCGGGGUCUAGUCACAGAUUUUAGAGGCACAUUUGAAAAGCCUGCCCAGUCUUGGAUGCUCUUUUCUACCCAGGCAGGACAGCAGAGCCCUGGCACAGUGCUCUGCUUCUUUUGCCUUCUGUCCUGGGAUCUACAGAUGAGUUUGUGCUGGAAAUCAAAGCUUGUUUUCUAGUGUGUGAAGCAGAACAGCAGGAUGUUGACUCCUGUUUUCAAAAUGCGGUUUUCCUUUUCCUUCUCAUUCUCUUGCAGUAUUGAAAAAUAGCUUAUAGUUCUGUAAAGCAUCUUUACUUUUAAUAGGUGGGAGUUGCAACGUGCUUAAUGCUUCCUUGUUUCAUUAAAUGUAAUUAAUGACCUUACAGAGUGAGAAAACCCAGGAUCACAGGUGUGGCUUGCUGUACUGCUGAGUGGCUUGCUCUGUUAGCAGCUUUGGGAACACAGCUUUUGUUCUUGGUUCUGGAUUCUGACUGACUGUGUUGCUGCUUUCAGCUUCCUGAAGUGUUACCUUCAGCUGCAGGCAGGUGGAUCAGUUGGUUUGCACGUGAGCUCCUCAUAUCUGAAGUAUCUGGUUUCUGGGAGAGCAGCAUGAGCCAGGGAGCUGCGGUUGUUUGGAACGUGCUUUUCUCGUGUGUGUUGUGACGAGUGUUGGGUGAGUUUGAGAUCUGAGAGCUUUUCAGAUCAGAGUUUUUCUGAGGCCUCUGUGAAAAACCAUGACACAAACAACAGAUUCACAGAUGCUCUGCUGUCAUGAUCUGCGUGUUGCAUGGGUCUGGAUUUGACCUGUGUGCAGAAGGAUGCCUGCAGUCAUUUAACAGAAACCUUUUUCUUUUCAAGGAAAUCAAACAUUCACAGCUGGAGUUGUUUGUUAAGUGCACAAUCAGUCGCCUGUUUGGUUGGGAAGGUAGCUAACACUGUGCAGACCAGAGGAAGCUCAAUAUCAAGUAUAUGUUUGAAAUUUGAGUUAGUUGCAAUUUGGUUGGUUUUUCGAUUAAAGAUUGUGUUUUCUGUGCCUUUGCCUUUAUUAUAUGGAUUAUAUUUGCCUUUACAAAAGGUGCUAGGAAGAGUUUGUAAAUGGAUUUGAGCUCCUUUGUUGAAGCCUGGGGCCGAGGCAGGGAACGUGACAUUGUGCUCCAGCUUUGAGUGCACGCAGCGUGGGCUUGUGCAGGUUUUGAAAGUGGAGAAGACGGCUUAAGAGGAAAGAGAAACACCUGCCAAUAUUAAUAAUCAGCCUGCAAGUGAAUCAUAACGAUCGCAAACCCCAAAAUAGUUGAGCAUAGCAAAAUUGCGUCACAGAAACACAGACUGCUGGGAAACUUGUACUUCUGUGGAUGUUUUUUUUUGUACAGAUCUGUAGAGCAAACCUCUCCAAGACCAGAUUAGAGAGACAGUUUGUACCAGGAAGAUCUCCUCUGCGAGAAGCAAGUUUUCUUUUUUUAAUGAUUACCCCGUGAGAUUAAUAUUUUUCUUGACCUCCCUUUCAAACAAAGCUAACUGCGAGCAGUAGAACUGCAGAAGGACACACAGAACAGAAAUGUUUGAUUGCAGACAGUCAGUGAGGGAAGAAGAGGGAACAGUAACUAUCAACAGAAGAGGAGCUAUCAAGCAAGCAAAGAUCCACUACAUCAAAAAUCAUGAAUUUAUUGCUACCUUUUUUGGACAGCCCACAUUUUGUUCUGUCUGCAAAGAGUUUGUAUGGGGACUGAACAAACAAGGAUACAAAUGUAGGCAGUGCAACGCUGCUAUUCAUAAGAAAUGUAUUGAUAAAAUCAUUGGGAGGUGUACUGGUACUGCAGCCAACAGCAGAGACACAAUGUUUCAGAAGGAACGUUUCAACAUUGACAUGCCUCACCGCUUCAAAGUUUACAACUACAUGAGCCCUACUUUCUGUGACCACUGCGGCAGCCUGCUCUGGGGGCUGGUCAAGCAAGGACUCAAAUGUGAAGAAUGUGCAAUGAACGUGCAUCAUAAAUGCCAAAAGAAGGUGGCCAACCUGUGUGGAAUUAACCAGAAGUUGCUAGCUGAAGCUUUAACUCAAGUCAGCCAGAAGUCCACACGAAGGUCUGAUUCUGGAUCUGUAGAAAAUGUUGGUAUUUACCAGGAUUUUGAUAAGAAACUUCGAGGUCCAGGAGGGGAUACAACAGCAGAUAACAGCCAAUAUGAUAAACUCUGGGAGGGAAGCUCUGCCAAGCCAGCAUCACGCAUUGUGAGCAGGAGAAAAUUCAAUAUUGACAGCUUUGUCUUCCAUAAAGUACUGGGGAAAGGAAGUUUUGGAAAGGUCCUGCUUGCUGAGCUGAAAGGAAAGAAUGAGUUCUUUGCCAUCAAAGCUCUGAAAAAAGAUGUGGUGCUAAUUGAUGAUGAUGUGGAAUGCACCAUGGUGGAGAAGCGGGUCCUAGCACUUGCAUGGGAAAAUCCAUUUCUCACGCACCUUUAUUGCACAUUCCAGACAAAGGAUCACCUGUUUUUUGUUAUGGAGUUCCUGAAUGGGGGAGACCUGAUGUUUCACAUACAAGACAAGGGGCGUUUCGAUCUCUACAGAGCAACGUUUUAUGGAGCUGAAAUUUUAUGUGGGCUACAGUUUCUUCACAGCAAAGGCAUUAUUUAUAGAGACCUAAAAUUGGACAAUGUUAUGCUUGAUAAAGAAGGCCACAUCAAAAUAGCUGAUUUUGGAAUGUGCAAAGAAAAUGUAGUUGGUGAGAACAAGGCAAGCACUUUCUGUGGGACCCCAGACUACAUUGCUCCAGAGAUUCUGCAAGGCUUGAAGUACACAUUCUCUGUGGACUGGUGGUCAUUUGGGGUCCUGCUGUACGAGAUGCUCAUUGGGCAGUCCCCUUUCCAUGGGGAUGAUGAAGAUGAGUUGUUUGAGUCGAUCCGCAUGGACACCCCUCACUACCCACGCUGGAUUACCAAGGAAUCAAAAGAUAUAUUAGAAAAGCUAUUUGAAAGAGAUCCAACAAGAAGGCUUGGUGUCACUGGGAAUAUCAGAGCUCAUCCUUUCUUCAAAACCAUCAACUGGAUGACCCUAGAGAAGAGGGAGGUAGAUCCUCCUUUCAAGCCAAAAGUGAAGUCAGCGAGUGACUACAACAACUUUGACAGAGAAUUUCUGAAUGAGAAGCCAAAGCUCUCCUACAGUGACAAAAACCUGAUCGACUCCAUGGAUCAGUCUGCGUUCGAUGGCUUCUCCUUCACCAACCCUAAAUUUGAACAGAUCUUAGAAAAAUAGUCCGAACAGAGCCAGACUUCCAAAUGCUAGGAGCAGAAAAGCGCAGUGCUCCGUGCUGUGUUCCAGUGAUGUGUCAGUACUUCAGCACAGCAGCUCAGUAGUGUGGGUGAUCACGUGUAACUGCUGCUGUACUGGCAGUGUUCCUUUAUGCAUGGCCGGGUGUGAGGUAUGUGAAUCGUGUGCACUAUUUUCUCUGUUUGGGAAAAUGUAAAUUGUUUGGUUACUUGAAUGUAGUUAUGUUUUAUAAAUAUAUAUAUAUAUAUAUAUAUAUAUAAAUGUGCUGUAUAUUUUGCUCAAGACAUUGGAGAAUGGAAGAUGUCUUUUUAAAAAAAUGUGUUUGAGCCUUGGUUCUUUUGUCCUCACUUCAAAGAAAGUUACAUUAAACUUUCGUUCCUCAC